AUGACGCGCUCGCUUUAUAAAGACGCCGUUCGCCCAGUGGUCUUCUCACCCGGUGGCCGGCUAUUGGCAUCUGCCUCUAGGGAUGAGACUGUCCGGCUCUGGGACCCUACGGGCGCUCUGCAGCAGACUCUUGACGGCCAUUCAGGCAUUGUAAACUCGGUGGUCUUCUCGGCCGAUAGCCAAUUGUUGGUGUCUGGCUCUGUUGAUCAGACAGUCCGAAUCUGGGAUGUGGCCACAGGCGCUCUACAGCAGAUCUCAGAGGUCAAGGGAGUACUCUCCAACAUGAAAUUUUCUGCUGAUUGUUCAUAUCUCAACUCUAAUCUAGGAUACGUCAAGAUCCGAACCUUUCCGUAG